GCCCCCCCGCCCGGGCGAGUGGCCCAGCCAGUCCGCGAAGAGAGGAGGCGCGGAGGUGCCAACGCAUCCCUCGGUCACGCGGGCGAGGGGGACCGGUUGCAGACCGGCGAGGCAGGCCGAGGCGGGGCUAGCGCGCGUUUUCCCGAUCCAGGAGAUUGUCGGAGGGCAAAAGACCGGUUUCUUCAAGGCUUCCGCUGGGCCUCAUCGCAGCAGCUCUGAGGAUGUUUCUGCUUGGCUGGACGAGGCUCCUGUUCUUGCUGGCUCUUCUUGGCAUGGUCUUUUCAGCUCCUGCUUCAGGCAAUAAGAAAAAGGAGCAACCCCAGGAAAUAGUUCUAAGCCUUCCAAAGGAUGAAAUUAGCCUGAACGAAAUGCUCCAGGAAGUCGAGGAGCUGAUGGAGGACACUCAGUACAAGCUGACAAAUGCGGUCAAAGAGAUGGAAGCAGAGGAAGAAGGUUCUAAAAAGAUAAUGGCAAUUGAUUUUCAGAAGCUUCCUGCCAACUACCAUAAUGAAUCCUACACAGAUACAAAAAUUGGAAAUAAAACAAUACAUAGACACCAAGAAAUUAGUAAGGCAACAGAUAACAAAACUGGAUCUACUAGCUAUUCUGAAACUAUUAUUACAUCAAUACAAGGAGACAGAAAGAGAAAUCAUGAGUGCAUUAUAGAUGAAGACUGUGAAAUUGGAAAAUAUUGUGCAUUCUCUGGUUUGGAGUACAGCUGUCACAUUUGCAAACCUCAACACGCACACUGCUUUCGGGAUCUGGAGUGUUGUGGACAACAGCUCUGUGUAUGGGGUGAGUGCAUGAAAGCUGUCUCAAAAGGAGAAAAUGGAACCAUUUGUGAAAAUCAACAUGACUGCAAUCCGGGAAUGUGCUGUGCAUUUACGAAAGACCUUCUGUUCCCCAUAUGCACUCCCUUCCCUGGUGAGAGAGAACCUUGCCACAAUCCUUCCAAUGGGCUUCUCAACCUGAUUACUUGGGAGCUGGAACCAGAUGGGGCUCUUGAUCGUUGCCCGUGUGCCCACGGGUUGGUUUGUCGGAUGCAGAGUCAUAGCAGUGAAUCUCUUUGUGAAUUAUCAUUUAACAAGACCCAAAGCGAGGACAAGAAACCAUUGCUAGCGGAUGAAUUAUCACUUCUGGACUUUGUAACCCAAGAUAUUCCUGGUGAUUAUGGAGAGAGACUCAUCAGAGAAGUGCAGAAAGAACUGGAGGAUGCAGCGGCUGAUUCAGGGGAACUAGCUGCGGCUAGUGACUUUUUUGGAGAUGGAAUAUAAAUCCAGCAAGUUACCUGAUCACUUGUGCACUAUUAUUGCUGUUUUAAGAGCUAUCAUACACACACGGCAUACCUGGGCCUCCUCUCUGCUACAUAGAAGUGCAAUAACCUUUUCCACUGCAUGAUCAGGAAACAGAUUCCUAUGCUAAAUGGGUGUGGCUACCAGAUCCUUACAUUUUAAGUACUGUUUUGAGCUGGUUAAGAAAUAGGCUUGAAUUAAUCUAAGGCUGGUGGUUUGAGUUUGUAUUUUUUCUCUCUAUGAUAAAUAGCCUAAUUGGACAUCAGCUUAAUUUUAUAAAAUGAGCCAACCUUACAGUCCAACAAUACUGAAGGAUACUAUGCUCUUAGCCAUGGUGAAAGGAACUUACAGGAGCUUGGUGUCCAGUAUGUGCAGAGGGUAUCAGGAGAGUCUCUUUUAGUUAGUUAUAUUGUCCACGUCAGAUAGAAGUGAUAGUAACUUAGCUGCGCAUCUUGAUUUAGAAUGAACAUUUCCUGAAUGGCAGAACGGCUGAAAUUGGGUGGGUUGUCACGAAAGUUUUUUUUCAAAUUAAGGGCGAUGAACAGGUACUGCAAUAAAGCUGACAUUUCUCUUGCAGUAGUCAUGCCCAGAGGCUUGUGAAACAUGAGUUCAUGAUGUACACAAACAUUAAAAGUUGAUCUAGAGUUUCAGGAGGUACAUUUUUCCACAGUACAGCUCAAAUCAGCCUUAGCUAUUUAGCUUCUUCAAAUUCUUAAAAUUUAAGUGCAGCCCCAUGAAGGGGAAAAUGUAAUUACAGUAGUUAUUUUAGGGUAUCUGAAUACUUGGGAGUUUUUCCUGACUUUUUUUUUAAAACCAUCUUACUAUGCCAUGGAAACCUAUUUCCAACCCUUACAUUUUUAGCAGCACUGGCCAGUCUUCAAAAAGGAUGUACCAGAGCCCUGGUCAAAAUUUUGCCUGGGUGUGUGAGGGUUUCAAACAUGGCAGGGAUGAAUAUGUGUACUGGCCUUGUCUACCAUAUCUGCCUAUACCCCAAAGGCCUCACCAGAAACUGUAUUCAUGUUCUCCCUGAAUAUGCAUAUAUCUCAGUACCUGAUCCUGGCCUCCUGAAUUGGACAAGAAACUAAACACAAAGAAACUGUUCAGAUUUUUGUGCAGCACCUGUGCAAAAUGAAGCUUCGUGUGUUCAAGCAAAAACUUGACAUCCUUCCACAAUUAGCGGCAAGUAUUCAGGGCAAUUUGAAGUCCCAUCAGCCAGGUAAUAUUUGGAAGUCAAUUCAAAAGGCUCCCCCCUCCUGAAGAAUUUCUUGCAAAACAAUCCUGUAUUUUGAUUAUUACAAUAAAUUUCAAAGUGUGAUUAAAGUAACAACAGAAUGAACAAAUGUUUUAUUUGCAUGUUCAUUGUUGUAAACAGCAUCUGGCAUGGAAAAGUUUACCAAAACCUUUUACUGAUAUAAAUUAGAUAGUAUUUUCAAAACAAAACAACAAAAAAGAAACCCUUCUAUGGUACUGUAUGUAAUUUAUCUUAUCAUGUAGCAAAUUAAAUCUCACUUAUAUACGCUUUGCAAUGAAA